AUGCCCCAAUUAAACCCAAACCCAUGAUUCUCCAUCAUACUCCUAACUUGAUUCACCUUCUCUCUGCUUAUCCAACCCAAACUUCUUUCAUUCACUCUAACAAACAACCCUGCAAACAAAAUUACAACAACUAAACCCACCCCCUGAACCUGACCAUGAACCUAA